GGGAAGAAACGGUGAUUGCAGUACCGCAUGGGAGUCGCAGUGUGAGAAUCACACUGAAAGGACCAGCACACCUUGUGGUAGAGUCAAAGACACUACAAGGAGACAAGGGAGAGCACAGUUUCAAUGCUCCUGGAACAUUUGUCAUAGAAAAUACAACUGUUGAAUUUCAGAAGAGUACAGACAGGGAAAUCAUAAAAAUACAGGGACCUCUUGGAGCAGAUUUCAUCAUCAAGACCAGGUACUCUGGAUCGAAAGAGAGCGUGGUUCAGUUCUUCUUCUACCAACCCAUCAGUCAUCAGUGGAGACAAACAGAAUUCUUCCCCUGCACAGUGACAUGUGGAGGAGGCUAUCAGCUCAAUUCCGCAGAAUGCGUGGAUAUUCGUCUGAAGCGUGUUGUUCCUGACCACUAUUGUCAUUACUACCCAGAAAAUAAGAAGCCAAAGCCCAAGCUGAAAGAAUGCAACAUGGAUCCCUGCCCUUCUAGUGAUGGAUUUAAAGAAAUCAUGCCCUAUGAUCACUUCCAGCCACUUCCUCGUUGGGAACAUAACCCUUGGACUGCAUGUUCAGUUUCCUGUGGAGGUGGUAUUCAGAGGAGAAGUUUUGUGUGCGUGGAAGAGACCAUUCAUGGAGAGAUACUGCAAGUGGAAGAAUGGAAGUGCAUGUAUGCCCCUAAGCCCAAAGUCAUUCAAACCUGCAAUCUCUUUGAUUGCCCAAAAUGGGUGGCAAUGGAAUGGUCUCAAUGCACAGUGACCUGUGGCCGAGGCUUGCGUUACCGGGUAGUGCUGUGCAUCGACCACCGCGGGCAGCACGUCGGUGGCUGUAAUCCACAACUUAAACUGCACAUAAAAGAAGAGUGCAUCGUGCCAAUACCAUGUUACAAGCCAAAAGAAAAAAGUCCUGUGGAAGCAAAAUUGCCGUGGUCUAAACAAGCACAUGAGAUGGAAGAGACCAGAACGGUCUCCGAAGAGCCAACGUUUAUUCCUGAACCCUGGUCCCCGUGCAGUGCCACGUGUGGCAGUGGCGUACAGGUGCGGGACGUGAAGUGCCGAAUUCUUCUCGCCUUCACUCAGACUGAGGUUGAGCUGCCUGAGGAGGAAUGUGAAGAUGUGAAGCCACCAACAGAAAGAGCCUGCCACCAGGCAUCCUGUGACAGCGAUCCUGUCCCCUACAUACCAGAACUUACACAUGCUGAAGAUGGCAGCGUGAUUUACGACUGGGAGUACAUUGGGUUUACUCCUUGUUCAGCCACGUGUCUUGGAG